UCAUUCUUGUAGUAUAUAACAGGACAAUAAUUCACAAUUAACCGUGGGUGAAAAAAAAAAUCCAAUUAACGUUAAAUCUAGCCCUAAUCUUUUCUAAGAGAGAAGAGACUCUGUUUUGUAUCAAUCAUCGAUCAAUUCCAACUCUAAAAGAUGCCUAACACUCAGACGACGAAGUCGUUGUGUUUGGACGGUCUUAGUGAUCGCGAAAUACUUGAGUAUAGAUUGGAAUGGGAAGGUUACACCGAAAUCAAGAUGAAAAGUGAUGGAAAUUGCCAAUUCCGUGCUUUAGCUGAUCAACUUUAUCAAACCUCGGAUUGUCAUAAACGUGUUAGACAAGAAAUCGUAAAACAGCUUAAAUCUCAUCCAAAGAUUUACAAAGGGUUUGUGAAUAAUAUGGACUUCUCCCAGUAUGUAAAGAAUAUGUCCACUAACUCCGAAUGGGGCGAUGAAGUCACAUUGAGAGUCGCUGCUGAUGUGUAUGGAGUCAAAAUAGUACUCAUUACAUCAAUCAAACUUACUCCAUUCAUGGAGUUUUUGCCCAAGUCUCAAAAAGAACCCGACAGGGUCAUUCAUUUGAGCUAUCUCGCAGGGAUCCAUUUCAACUCCAUCCACAAAAAAGGAGGUUCAGGUUUAUCUUCAUCAUCUGGUUCUGCCUCGAUGGAGCUACAGAGGAAGAAGGAGAAGAAGGAGAAGAAGCAGAAGAAAAGGGAUGAAGAUGAGAACGAAAGGAAGGAGAAGGAGGAGAGGAAAAAAGAGAAGGAGGAGAAGAAAAAAGAGGAGGAGAAGAAAAAGGACAAGGAGGAUAAGAAGAAGGCGAAGGUGAAAAAGGAGAAGAAUGAGAAGAAGAACAGAAAUCACCAUUUUCACUUCUCUGAUUUCAUGUAAAUGCUUGAACAAGAGAAUGAUUUGUUUUACUAAAUUAAGAGUAGUCUGCAUUUGACAAGUUGUAUGUUAUUAUUGGGCUUUGUUACUUUGCGGUUGCUUCUACUCUUAUAAGUUAAUAAUAUGAGUAGCUUAACAUAGUCUCCGCACCUUGGAAACAUGUUAGGCCAAAAGCUGACAAAUGCAUUACUUGCAGAGACCUGAUGCCAUUGUCCGCAGCCACAAAGUCUAUAAGAGGAACUCUAGAAUUCUACAUAGACAACUUCGUAGAAAUAAGCAAAAAGACCAUCAACAAUUCGUCUUACCAGAGAUGGGUUUAUGGGGAAUGGACUUAUUUCCUUUGGCCUUUGACCUGAUGUUGACUCUGCCUAAUUUUGCUGUAACAUGAAUCUGACCGGGACCAUUGGGUAUGCUAGUGAUACCAGAAGUCAGAGGCAUAAUCCAUGUGCAUAUUUAAACGAAUCAUUUUGUGUUAAUAUUGAAUACAUAUGAGUACAGAUGAUUGAACCAAACAAAGCUAAUCAGAAGUAGACUUUUUGUUCGAUAAUUUGAAACUGCAGUG